AUGGCCACAGCUGCCCCCACCGUCCAUACUAUGCCGGGUACCACGAACCUACCGCUAGCCAGCUUUCCCUCGGCGGCGGCCACCAAGCACCUCGACCCUCUCAAGACGGCUGAGGCCUUUUGCUCCGCGUUCAACACGCACCUCGCCUCGGGCGACACGGAGUCGCUGGCCGGGCUAUUUCUGGAGAAUGGCUACUGGCGGGACCAUCUCGCGCUGACGUGGGAGUUUCGCACGGUACAGUCGCCCGGCAAAAUUGCGGGGUUCCUGGCGGACGCGGCCUCUUCGCGGGACGGCAUGCGACUGGAGUCUGUGGCGCUGGAUGCGACGACGGCGACGCGCAAGCCGGCGGUGGUCAAGGUGGAUGCGGAGGGCGCGUCGGACGUGGUGCAGUUCUUCAUCACGUUUGAGACAAAGGUGGGAUUCGGCGCGGGUACGGUGAGGCUGGCGGCGGAUGGGCAGGGGUGGAAGGUGUACACGCUCAGUACUAUCUUGCAGGGGCUCAAGGGGUUCGAGGAGCCGGUGUAUGGGAGGAGGCCGGCGGGGGUGACGCAUGGACAACAGCUGGGGAGGAAGAAUUGGAAGGAGAGAAGAGAGGCUGAGGAGAAUUACACGGAUGGGAGUGAGCCGCUGGUCCUGAUUGUCGGUGCCGGCCAAGCUGGUCUGACGGCUGCCGUCCGUCUCAAGAUGCUGGGCAUCAACGCCCUCAUUGUCGACCGCAACCAGCGUAUAGGCGACAACUGGCGCAGUCGGUACGAUCAGCUGGUUCUGCACGACCCUGUCUGGUACGAUCACAUGCCGUAUAUGCCGUUUCCGCCCAACUGGCCCAUCUUUACACCGAAAGAUAAGCUGGCUGGAUGGUUUGAGUCGUAUGCCCAGACCAUGGAGCUCAAUGUGUGGAUGACGACGGAGCUCUCGCGCACAGCAUGGGACGAGGCGACAAAGACAUGGACCGUGGAGCUGCAGCGCAAGAAACCAGAUGGGAGCAGCGAGACGCGGACGUUUCGACCAAAGCACAUCAUCCAGGCGACGGGCCACUCGGGGAAGAAGAACCUACCGGAGAUUAAGGGCAUGGAGAGCUUUCAGGGCCAUUUGCUCUGCCACUCGUCGGAGUUCCCGGGUGCAAGAAAAGACGGCACCGGCAAGGGGAAGAAGGCGAUUGUGGUGGGCUGCUGCAAUUCCGGACACGACAUUUCACACGACUAUUACGAGAGCGGCUACGACGUCACCAUGGUGCAGCGGUCCAGCACAAACGUAGUCUCGUCAAAGGCAAUCACCGACAUUGCGUUGAAGGGCCUCUUUGACGAAACAUCGCCGCCGGUCGACGAUGCGGACCUGAUCCUGCACGGGAUGCCCAACGCCCUUCUCAAAGCCGUGCAGGUGCAAGUCUGCGCACUUCAACGCGCUCACGACAAGCCCAUCCUCGACGGUCUGACCUCUGCGGGCUUCGAGCUCGAUAAUGGGCCUGACGGGUCCGGCCUAUUCUUCAAGUAUUUCCAGCGCGGCGGCGGAUAUUACAUUGACGUGGGCGCGUCGCAGCUCAUUGCGGACGGCAAGAUUCGCAUCAAGCAAGGGACCGAGGUUGCCGAGGUGCUGCCGCACGGGCUGCGGUUCGCGGACGGGUCGGAGUUGGAGGCGGAUGAGAUUGUGUUUGCGACGGGCUAUCAGAAUAUGCGGUCGCAGGCGAGGGACAUGUACGGGGAGGAGCUUGGUGAGAGAGUCAAGGAUGUGUGGGGGUUGAAUGACGAGGGCGAGUGGCGGACAAUGUGGGGGAAUAGCGGCCAUCCGGGAUUCUGGUUCCAUGGGGGCAAUAUGGCGCUGUGUAGGUAUUUUUCGAGGUUGUUGGCGCUGCAGAUUAAGGGGAUUGAGGCUGGGCUGUACAAGCAUGGCGAGAAAUGA